AAUUCCUGUUGCCCUAAGAGGAUUGUAGGUGUAUAAAAGUGCCCUACAUAUGCCAGUCAAGAACUUCCUUUCACGUUCAGCAUUUCUCCUCCCUCCAAGAAGAGUAUCGACACUGAAGCAGCGGCAACAGCUGCAAAAGACAAACAUGAGUGUGAAGGGCAUGGUUAUAGCCUUGGCUGUGAUAGUCUGUGCUACAAUUGUUCAAGGCUUCCCCAUGUUCAAAGGGGGACGCUGUCUUUGCAUAGGACCUGGAGUAAAAGCAGUGAAAGUGGCAGAUAUUGAGAAAGCGACCAUAAUUUAUCCGAGUAACAACUGUGACAAAAUAGAAGUGAUUAUCACCCUGAAAGCACAUAAAGGACGAAGAUGCCUAAAUCCCAAAUCGAAGCAAGCAAGCAUUAUAAUCAAGAAAAUUGGAAGAAUGAAUUUUUUAAAAUACCAAAAUGUAUGAAAGUCCUGGGAAAAGAGGAUUUGAAAACUUAGAACAAGUUUAACUGUGACAACUAAAGUGAUAAGAAUUCCACAAUAGGAAAUGGAUUUUCUCCUGCCUCUUGCAAAGUACGUUCAGUCAUUUCUACGUCAGCAAACCUCAGAAAUCUGAUGGUUAGAACUAUUCUUUUGUGACUAUGAAAACAUUUCUGUAUCUAGAAGUUAUGUGUUUGGACUUGAUCUAUCUGCCAUAUUACAACCUUCACUU